AGGUAUUAACUCCAUUACGCUUCUCUCUCUGCAAUUACUCUUUGAGAGCACCUCUCUCUAGAAUAUUGAGAAUUGCUGACUUGAGCGUCGGAGUGUUUUCCCCGAGGAAACACCCUCAAGAUUUUCAGGUGUAGAAGCAGCUGAGGACUUCAACAGUGUUGGAUUGCGAAGCUGUCCAAACAUUUGGCGCCGUCUGUGGGAAUCUUGAACAAGAAGUUGUGUAGCUUAACCUGCUGAAAGACAAAAUGGUUCGUACUUUUACCAAAAGUCGCCCCCCUAGAAAUGAAAUGGACGAACAAGAGGACACUCAACUGUCUGAGCCCGGCUUGAAUGAUUUUAGGCCAAUGCCAAGAAACCUUUUCGUUGGAGGAGCAGAACAGGAUCAAUUAAGUGAAAUAGAUGAUGAUGAAAGAACACCAACUGGGUCAACAGAGCCUGCUCGGACUACCGAGCUCGAAAAGAGAACUAGAGUUCUCGAAAUGGCAAUGGGUAAAAUCCUUGCCCGCCUUAUUCCUGAUGACCCCCUAAUUCCUUUGCUGAACAAGGAUGCACAACUAGUUGCGGUAGUUGCAACUCGUAACUCACCCGCUUUGAGUAACAUAAUAGUGCCGACCAAACCAAGGGGAAGUGAGAAGUUGAAUAACGAGCCUAUCUCGUCCAAACACAGCGAAGAACUGCUAAAGAAAAAUGCUUACCUCGAAAGGCAACUCAAAGAUGUACAGAAAUCCAUUGACGAGCUGAAAAGCCCCAAGUCGCACCAACAGACCCUUGACUUAGAUAGUGCCCCACUAAACCUAUCCAUCACACAAAAUCAUAUCAAGAAGGAUUCAAAAUCCCCCACCUAGAGACAAAUGAUGGCUCGGGCGACCCAGAUGAGCAUCUGCACACUUAUCAAGCCAUCAUGAGAAUCUAGAAUGCCAAUGAUGCCAUGAUGUGCAAAGUGUUUCCAGUGACACUGAAGUCAACGGCCAGAAGAUGGUAUCAUAAACUCCCCAGACACUC